CCUCACUCCAGCCCGGACCUCACUUUGGAUGGCAAUACCAGCAUCUUUAGAAGCAUUCUCCGCAACAUCAACAACAUCAACGACAAGAUGAGCACAGCGCACGCUCACGUGCAGCCAAACACAUUUCUCUUCCUGCGCCUGCCCUCCGAGCUACUCAAACUGGUAGAAAUCAGAGCAGAUGCAAUCAUCGACAUUGGCAAGUUUGGAUCCAUCUCGUCUAACUCAUUACUGGGUCGGCCAUACUACCACACCUACGAACUUUUGGAGAAACGGGCCGGCGAGGCGCAAGCACGGAUACGUGUAGUUCCAGCGCAUGAGUUGAAUGCAGAGGUUGUCACGAGUGCGCCUACGCCCGCUGAGAGCCGAGAUGACUCCGAAGCUACAGCAGGGACGAAUGGUGUUCCCGAGGGCUACGAUUUGCUCUCCGAGGAGCGAACGACGGGGAUGAAGAAUAAUCGACUCACCGUUGACGAUGCGAGCCGACAAGCACUUUCGCAGCAGGAGAUUGAGGAGUUGAAGAAGUCAUCGGGUGGCAAGGAAAUCAUUGAGAAGAUUCUCGCUAAUCAUGCUGGACUCGGGGAGAAGACGGACUUCUCCAAGGCGAAGUAUAUGGUGCGGAAGACGAAGAAGUACUUGAAACGCUUUACGGUUCUGCCCAUGGAUCUUGGGACGCUGAUGGAGUAUAUUACUGUCAAGGAGCCGGCGCGCAUUCUUGAGUUGAGGGAGGAGUCGCUGGGGCUGAUGGUGGCUUGGAGCAAUGUUCAUUGCUGUCCUGAUGACGACGUGGAAAGGGAUGCAGCCGGGAAGCGAGUCGGCGGUGGCCGCUGGUUGGUCAUCGACGAGACUGCUGGGCUCCUUGUGGCUGCGGUGGCAGAAAGAAUGGGCAUUCUCUUUCCCGACUCAGAGGCUCAGGGCCAAGACGAUGGCAAAGCGUCUUCGCAACGAGUCGCCGACAAGAGCGAUGCUCAACCCACAGCGGACACUUCUACGACCGAACAAGCGGCGCCCAAACUAGUCAUCCACCGCGACUUCCCCCUCCCGGCACCGACAAACACAAUCACCCUGCUCCAUCCGGCGGUGCAGCCCAACGUGUCCCUACUCAAAUACUUCGGCUACGACACCAACCAACCAGACACCACACACCCACUACACACGCACCUCAAACCUCUCUCUUGGCUCUCCCUCCUCCACCCGGAGGAAGACCCGACGUACCGCGAGCCAGAAACCGCCACACCCGCCGAAAUGGCGGAGUGGAAAAGCGGCAAACGCAGCGCCUACUUCAAGAAGCGCCGGCGCUGGGAGCGCUUCCAGUCCAUCGUCGACGAAGCACGGGAAGGCGGCUUCGACGGCCUAGUCAUGGCAACAAGCAUGGACGCUGCGAGCAUCCUCUCGCAUACAGUACCUCUGGUGCGAGGCGGCGGGCAUAUAGUCAUCUACUCCCCCGCUGCAGAGCCUUUGGUCAAGCUCGUGGACCUGUAUUCCCGCGACCGCCGGGCGGCAUACAUGCAGCAUCUCGCGGAGGGCCAGCAGCCGAAUGCAGACGACUUCCCCGUCGACCCGCGGCUUCUGCUGGCGCCAUCGUUGCAGACGAGUCGAGCGAGGGCGUGGCAGGUUCUACCUGGACGGACGCAUCCGGUGAUGGGUGCGAGAGGGGGCGCGGAAGGGUAUGUGUUUACUGCGAGGAAGAGUAUACCGCUUGAGGGCGGAGUGGAGGCGCGAGGCAACUUUACUGCCAAGAGGCGGAAAGUGAAUGCACCUCCUCCUCCGCCUUCUUCUGAUAGCAUUGGCUAGUUACACAGUUACUAGAUAGGCGAGCCUCUUGGCCAAGCAAAACAUGCUUACGUCCACUCGGGCAAACAGC